UUAGAAUUACAAAUUCGAAGGAAAAGAAACUUUAGGUGUAGAAGUCUUAAGUCUAUUGAUAACUCCAGAUCGAUGCAACGCAGAGACUAAAGCCCUAUUAUCAUAUCAUAAUUAAUAAGUGUCGGUGUUACUGUCAUAUAAAUAAAAAAAAUCGAUUUCUCUGAUUAUCGAUUGAUAAGUUUCUGCCAUUGUCUUCUUCGCAAGGAUUUGGGGAUUCGCAAUUGUAGGUAGCAUAAAAGCUCUAGAUUUUUGACAAUGGCGACUACGGCUUGUUUUAUCAUCGUUAGCAGGAAUGAUAUUCCUAUUUACGAAGCUGAAGUUGGAUCUGCUGCUAAAAAAGAGGAUGCUGCUCAGUUGCAUCAGUUUGUAUUACAUGCUGCUUUGGAUAUUGUUCAGGACCUUGCAUGGACAACUAGUGCCAUGUUUAUGAAGGCAAUAGACCGGUUUAAUGAUCUUGUUGUUUCAGUAUAUGUUACUGCUGGUCAUACACGACUGAUGCUACUUCAUGAUUCCCGGAAUGAUGAUGGCAUAAAGAGCUUUUUCCAAGAGGUUCAUGAACUAUAUAUAAGGAUUCUUCUUAAUCCUCUCUACUUGCCUGGCUCUCGCAUUACAUCAGCUCAUUUUGAUACCAAAGUUCGUGCUCUUGCAAGAAAAUAUCUUUAAAGCCCAUUUGCUCGCCUCUUCUAUGAAAUCAGUUCUUCAGUCUUUGGUUUUUGAUCACAUAAUGCACAUUUUUCUGAUCCCUUUGACAGUUUGAGGAAGCAUUUUCCUUGUAGUCUACAAUAUCAAAGCUACAUUUUCAUAUCGAGUGCUCUCUUUUCCUUUACCCUGACAGGAAACAUGUAGAAAUUUCAUCUUUAAGGUUCAUACUUUUGUACUUCCUAUAGGAAGAAGAUUAUGUUGUACUUGUAUUUAACGAUUAAUCUUUGCCGAUCAAAUUUCAUUUAAUUGAGUGGAAA